AUGGCAACAUCCAUCAUCGACAUACAGCGAAGUAUCAUCAUCGACACGAUCCGGAAAAUCAGUGGACGAGACUGGAAGGUUUUAAUAUUGGAUGAAAAGAGUAGACGGCUGGUGUACAAUGUUACAAAAGAAGAUGACAUACUGAACGUCAACAUCACCAACAUUGAGCAGAUUGAGGAUCGCAGGCAGACACAGGCAGACACAGAUGCAAUCUACCUCCUGUCUCCGUUACCACACAUCGUGGAAUGUCUGAAGGCGGACCUGAGUCGGAAGAGAUACCGUCAGGCCCACCUUAUCUGGACGUCGCAAUUGCCACGCCCUCUCGGAGAAGAACUGUUUCGAUCAGAAUCUCGGGCACGCCAAAUCGUCGAAUCUCGCGCUCUAAACGCCGAGUAUUUCCCUCGGGAAUCGAAUCUAAUUUUGUUUCGGGAACCAUGGAGUUUUCAUGUUCUCUUCCAUCCGGCUUGUGACCCGUUGGUCAAGAGCCACCUAGAUGAUUUGACUCAGAAGAUCGUGUCGAUUUGUGUCUCGCUCGGAGAGUACCCGUUGAUCAGGUUUUACAAGCCCCGAGAACACCAAAGACACGCAGCCGACGUUCUAUGCUAUCAUCUGGCAAGCUUCGUACAAUCCGCGCUGGACAACUAUGCCCGAGACGAACGAAACGACUUCCCUCCGCAGAAUCAAACAAAUCGGCCCCGAGCGGUUCUGGUGAUUACCGAUAGGUCAAUGGAUUUGAUGUCACCUUUUGUCCACGAACUCACAUAUCAAGCGAUGGCAAUGGAUUUGCUACCUAUCAGGGAUGAUGAAGACAAAAUUACCUAUCGGAACGUCAUCAGAAGAGGUCAACCAGAUCAGGAAGAAAAAGAUGUCGAGAUCGGUGAGAAAGACCAUCUCUGGGUCGGUCACCGUCAUAUGCACAUGAAAGAUCUUUUGGUACAACUGAGCGAAGAAUUCAAAAAAUUUCAGGCAAAGAAUCCUCAGUUUGCUGAUAACAGUGAUGGACAACCUGCCAGCAUCAACACGAUCAAAGAUAUGUUGGCGGGUCUCCCUGAGUUUCAGGAAGGCAAAGAAGCUUUCUCCUUGCACAUUGACAUGGCUGAAAAGUGUGCCAAAAUAUUUGCAGACCACAAACUUCUGGAUGUCGUAUCUGUCGAGCAGUCUCUGGCUACAGGAUGGGAUGAGGACAACAAAAAGCCCAAAAAUCUCGCGGAUCAACUUGCCAGACUUCUUGAUGAUGACAGUGUGAUACAUGAGGAUCGUGUCAGAUUAUUGAUAUUGUACAUUUUGUACCGGAAUGGUAUUCUCCGUGGCGACAUCGAGAAACUGCGAUGUCAUGGUCAAUUGUCGCCCAUGGAUGGGGAAAUAAUAUACAACCUGAUCACGUUGGGUGCAAGGAUUGAAAAACCGCUAAAAGACAAUACACCGAUUCCUCCUCCUUUAUUCACACCCCGAAUGAGAGAAAACACCAACUCUGAGGAAGUUAGUUUAUCUAGAUUCGAACCGGCAUUGAGAUAUUUGCUUGAAGAGCAAUGCCAAGGGACUCUGGAUUCGAACGUAUUCCCACCCGUCAAACCUCAUUUAAACGAUCCCAACAGUCAGAUGGGUCUCUCACAGACAUCUCUGAGAAAUACGGGAAAGCCUACUUGGGCACAAACCCGAUCUCAGUCCAACAAGCCUCGCCAGCGUAUCAUCGUUUUCAUGGCCGGCGGUGCCACUUAUUCCGAGGCCCGAGCUUGUUAUGAUGUGUCACGGAUGGCUGGAAAGGAAAUAUUUCUGGCCACCACUCAUAUGAUCACUCCCAAGAACUUCUUGCGACAGGUGAGCCUUCUCAGUGCUGGUCGAAGGCAGCUCGACCUACCAACUGACAGAGCACAACCCAAACUACCUGCGUGGAUGUCGGAACCUCCUCCACAAGGCCAGCAACCGAGGCCUCAAGCUCCUCCAAAUGGGAGACCACCUGAUUCGAUGAGACCCCCGACAGAGGCCAUGCAAAAGAUGAAUAUUGGUGGAAGGCCAGAAAAUGGAGUUCGUCCAGGAGUUGGUACCGCUACCCCUCCGAUGAGAACUUCACAGCCGUCUUCAUCCCCUUAUCAAAACCCAUCAGCAGCUGAUAGUCACGGGAAGUUGAAGAAGGAGAAGAAACACCUUGGUUUGUUCAAGAAGCAUUAG